AUGGAAGAAUAUGUAAAUGCAAUGAUUUUAACAUCUAUCAAGGUCAACAAUGCUGGUUUGGUAAUUAAUGACGAAGUAACGGCUUCUCUAAUGCUGGCAGGAUUGCCGGAAGAAUUUCAAUCAUUGAUGAUGGCAAUUGAAAAUUCAAAGACCAAAUUGACUGUUGACUCGGUACAGAAUCUAUUGUUGCAAGACGCUAAAUAUGAUAACAAUAAGAAAGAAAAAACAUUGGUUAAAAAUUGUCCAAAGAAAAACAAGAACAAUCCUAAGAAACCAACAAAGAAUAAUGAUGAAGUUUUGUAUGCAGCUUUGAUAUCUGAAACAGACAAAGUGAAUGAAUGGUAUAUCGAUUCAGGAGCGACGUCUCAUAUUACUAAUAAUAGAGAUUUGUUAUUUAAUGAAACUAAGGUUUGUAACAAAGAAAUUGUGGUCGCCAAUAAUAACAAAUUGAAAGUUUCGAGUUCGGGAGAUAUACAGAUGUCGUUGAAUAUGGGUGAGAAUGUGGAGUAUGUUCCAGAUAUCUGUGCGAAUUUGCUUUUGGUUGCUCAGUUAACCCAGAAUGGCAAGAAGGUUAUAUUCGAGAAAGAUAUUUGUCAGAUUUUCAACAAGGAUGAUAAUUUAAUUGGGGAGGCUGUAAUGAAUAAUGGAUUGUACCAUCUGAAGUGCGAUGUGAAUACCACGAAAUAA